AUGACAUUGCAAGACAUCCUUGAUGACAUUGUAUUUCAACACGAGAAAGAGUUGCAACGAAUAAACUACAAUCCUAAUACACUGAACAUAUCAUUGUCUGUAAACAUGGACCCUGCCCAGCUUCAUAUCGAAAUAACUGAAAGAGUUAAUACGGACUUGGCAUCGCUGUUAGAGGAAUUCUGGCCUCAAACCGAGACAUCAACGUCUAGAAGUCAAGUCGGGACCAGUGAAAACGUCGGUGCCUUGGAUAUCCAGCGAGCAGUAAUUGAAGAACGUGGAGUCCCAGAAGUGAAUCAAGUGGAUUAUCUUCAGAAUCGUAUUGCAAGCUUGGAAAAUGAUCUCAUGACGCAACGUAUAGAUCUAGAAAGGAUAACUGCUCAAAAUGAGACCCUCCAAGCCGACAUGCAAACAGAAAGGGAUAGGAAUCACCGAAUUUUCCAAGACAACAUCCGAUUGCAAGAAGAUCUCACUCUUAUGACGACCAACAUGAAAUCAUAUGAAGUGAUAACUAGACAACAUGAGAAGCUAUGCAAGUUUAUUGAAACAUUCGAAUCGAGAAUUCAAAAAGAUUUCGCAAAACUUCACAUUGGCAACAAUAAUACAGAAGAUAUAAAAAUUGGCAACUUUAUCAAUUCGGUGAUUUUGGAUGCGGUGAAAAUGAAUCAGCUUGCCCAUCCAGAAUAA